CGUUUCUUUCUCAUGCUGCAACAAUGGAGGGCGUUGCUUCUGCUCUGCGAUGCAACUCCACCACAUCCCCAUUUUGCAUUCCCAAAUCCCUAAAUACAACAAUUUCGUGCGCAGAAAUUAGAUUUUCUGGUCCACCUCGGCUCUCUUUAUCAAGUCAUUGCUGCCGCUAUGGUUCUUCUCAAAUUUCAUCCUUUCACUUCUCGAAAAUUUCUUCUAGAAAUGAAGGUGAUAAUAUUCUUUUGGCAACGCCUGAGGCGGGAGUAAGUACAGAAACGAGUGAAUGGGCUAUGCAAGAUUUCUAUACUUUGAGGAAAGACGUGGAGACUGUCCUGGAGCGUGUUGAAGAGAUCAGGGCUAGUGCUGGUCUGAAACAGCUGGAGAAAAGCCUUGCCGAUUUGGAAGAAGCCUCGGGUGAUAGCUCUCUAUGGGAUGAUCGUGCCAAAGCCCAGCAGACUCUUCAGGCUUUGACUGACGUUAAAGAAAAAAUAAAACUUCUCAAUGACUUUAAAGCACAGGCUGAAGAAGCAGAAACAAUAGUGAAUCUCACAGAGGAGAUGGACUCAGUUGAUCCGGGCUUCCUUGAAGAAGCAGUUGGUAUCAUUAAAGAACUAAGGAAGGCAUUGGACCUAUUUGAAUUAACGCAGCUUCUUUCUGGCCCUUACGAUAAAGAAGGUGCCGUAAUUACCAUCACAGCUGGUGCAGGGGGUACUGAUGCACAGGACUGGGCUGACAUGCUUCUCAGGAUGUAUGUAAGGUGGGGGGAAAAACAGAGGUUCAAGACGAAGGUGGUGGAGAAGUCGAUGGGAGAAGAGGCUGGUAUCAAAUCAGCUACUAUCGAAGUGGAGGGCCGAUAUGUCUAUGGUUACAUCUCUGGUGAGAAAGGAACCCACCGUAUUGUCCGACAGUCCCCCUUCAACUCCAAAGGUCUUCGCCAGACUAGUUUCUCUGGUGUUGAGGUCAUGCCUCUUCUUCCUGAGGACUCGUUGAACGUAGAAAUACCAGAAGAAGACUUGGAGUUCAGCUUUUCUAGAGCAGGAGGGAAAGGUGGCCAAAACGUUAAUAAAGUUGAGUCUGCAGUUCGGAUCACUCACAUACCUACUGGAGUGACUGUUCGUUGUACAGAAGAGCGAAGUCAGCUGGCAAACAAGAUCAAAGGAAUGAGCAGACUGAAAGCAAAGCUACUGGUGAUAGCUGAGGAGCAAAGGGCGUCAGAGAUCAAACAAAUCAAGGGUGAUACUGUCAAGGCUGAGUGGGGGCAGCAAAUACGGAACUAUGUGUUCCAUCCUUACAAGUUGGUAAAGGAUGUACGCACAGGGCAUGAGACAUCAGAUGUCGCCUCAGUAAUGGAUGGCGAGUUAGAGCCCUUCAUCAAAGCGUAUCUCAAGUACAAGUACAGUGCGAAGAUAGAAGAGCAGCAGUCAUAAUUGUAAGUAUCGUGAUUCGUAACUUGACCUUUCAGUCAUGAACGAGCAGAGAUUGUGUGUAUCCCAGACGUUGUUGCUGUUGUUCAAGUGUACAGGUCUUGAGGCUGGACAUGGCAAUGUUAUGUGAUAGUCAUGGCUGAGAUUGAGGAGUUGAAAUGUUUUCACUCCUUCAUGGUAGAUCUUUUUAAGCUUCAGUGUGAAGAGCCGUGCAUUCAGCUUUCUUUGUAGGAAAAAUGUGCAUUGAAGUCCAUGUAUUAACUUUUUUCAUUAUUUGGUUUUUCAUGUUGAAUCUUUUGCUAUAUGAUUUUUGACAAAAGGGUAUAUUUGUUGUUGAAUCUA